AGCUUUUCUGUUACGACCAGGGAUCAUCUAAACGUGAGGUCUACUAACAGCCACUUUUCAUCUAUCGCAAUAUAAUGGCGGAAGACCGAGGGAAAGCUUUUCCUCUUGCCAAUGCAGACUUGACGAACACGAUCCUUGACCUCACGCAGCAGGCGGUGCAGUACAAGCAGCUGAAGAAAGGUGCUAAUGAAGCUACGAAAACCCUUAACCGAGGUGUCGCUGAAUUUAUCAUCCUUACGGCUGAUACAGAGCCUCUCGAGAUCCUCCUUCAUCUUCCCCUUCUUUGCGAAGAAAAGAAUGUACCCUACGUGUUCCUUCCAUCAAAAGCAGCCUUGGGACGUGCGUGCAACGUUACCCGUCCUGUAAUUGCUGUGAGCAUAACCACUGGUGACUCGAGGGAGUUGUCCUCCCAGAUCAAUACUGUGAAGCUGGCUAUCGAGAAGUUGUUGAUUUAAUCGUGUCCUGUCGUAGGAAUCUGUAUACAGUAACAUUAUAUAUUUGAAGGGUGUAUAAUGAUCACUAUUUUGCCUGCGUUC